UUUAAAAGGUCUCCGUUAUUUGAAAUUUCACUAGCAAGAUCAGACUCAGUUUCUGGAAAAAGAAAAAAAUACCAAAAAAUAGAGGUUUGAGUUUUGCAUGGCUCCCGGUGAUUUAGAGAAAGCUGUAGCAACUUAUUCAGUUGCAGACAACUCGAAAGAGAGCGUUGCAAGCAGAACAUAUUAUCCAAAUUCAAACCAGACAACGGAAAAUUCUGCCACGAGAGAUGAAGAUGAGAAUAAAUCAAAACUUGCAGCACGGUUGACUAAAAUAUUUAUAACAUCAUGUGUGUUUGGCGUACUCCUGGAUCCUUUGUUCCUCUACAUUCCUCUCCUCAACCAAGAUUUGAAGUGUCUGAGGUUGGACAACACCAUAAAGAUUAUUGCUCUCGUCUCGCGAUUGUUCACUGACCUAUUUUAUGUAGGCAGAAUUAUUCUGCACGUUUGUAGAUUUGAAAAUUAUUCACCUUCGAUCAAGCAAUUUCUUCCCGAAAAAUCCUCCUCCAAGUUAAUGGAGUCACUCAUCAAAGGCUUUCGAGAUUUAUUACCUGAAGUAAGCAACGAAGUUCCAAAACCACGUAUAGGAAAGGAGAUAUGGGAGUCGUCCAUCAUAGUUGACAUUUUAGCUAUUCUUCCUCUUCCACAGGUGGCAAUUCUCUUUUUCUUUCCGAAUAUGAGGGUCUCAGGAUCUUCCGGGAAGCGUAUUAUGAACUUUCUUGUUAUGGGGCAAUAUGUACCACGAGUUCUUCGCAUUUACCUAUCAUGCAAGAAAGCUAAAAAACCUUUCAAAGGACAUGUCCCAUUAUGGCUUAAAGGUUUACUCAAUCUUUUCCUGUACAUUUUGGCCAGUCAUGUGCUUGGAGCUUUUUGGUACUUUUUUGCUGCUCAACGAAUGAUAAGUUGCUGGGAACAUGCGUGUCGAAAUGGAAAUGGAUGUGGCACUUCUACAUUUAAUUGUCAUGAUCACCAAACGUUGAUAAAUAUUACUGUUCUAAAUGAUUCAUGCCCGAUAAAUCUACCAAAUACAACUCGCUUUGAUUUUGGUAUAUACCUAAAUGUCCUUCAGUCGGAUGCAUUGUGGUCAACAGACUAUCCCCUGAAGUUUUUGAACAGUUUUUGUUGGGGCCUGCGAAAUUUGAGUUCUUUUGCUUCAAAUCUCCAACCGAGUUUCUAUACAUGGGAAAUCACCUUUGUAGCAUUUAUAUCUAUAAUCGGCUUGAUACUCUUUGUAUAUCUCAUUGGAAAUUUGCAGACCUAUGUGCAGUUAGAUACUGGAAGCUUAGAGAAGCAGAGACGCAAGGAUAAACUUGACAAGAAGAUUAAAGAAAAGGACCAAAAAGUAGAAAAAUGGUUAUCUGAGCAUGGCAUCCCCCUUAGUAGAAAGCCGAAGAUCAUGGAAGAGAUAAAAGGAGAGCUUGUUCGCAACUCGGAUUUUGAUGUGCUUAGGGAAAUCAGCUCUAUUCUUCCCCGCAAAUUAAUCAACAGUUGCAGCCCGUUGAGUAGGCUGAGGAAGGUGCCACUACUUAAAGAUAUGGACAAAGGAGUUUUGAGAGAAAUCUCUGACAAGCUUAAGCCCGAGAAUUAUACUCCAGGAGAAAUCAUUAUAAACAAGGAUGAACCACUUCAAAUGAUGCUUUUCAUUGUGGAAGGACGUGUAACCAUUGAAAAGACAGAUGGUUCUCGGCCGGAACAUCUAGAUGCAGGAAAAUUUUAUGGGGUGGAACUUCUAGUUUCGCCAUCGUCGACCUCCUCCGGUGAUGCAAAACCCAUAAACGAGUCUAUUCGGGCCAUUGAUGAUGUUCAAGCCCUUGUUCUCUAUGCCACAGACAUGGAGAGCAUCGGCUCUAAAUCCAAGUCGCAUUUCAAGAAGUUGUGCAUGGUGACUAUACUUCAGAAAGUGCCACUACUUAAAGACAUGCAUGAAGGAGUUUUGAGAGAAAUCUCUGAGAAGCUUAAACUCGAGAAGUAUACUCGUGGACAAAUCAUUAUUGAAAAGGCUAAAACACUUGAAAAGAUGCUUUUUAUCGUGGAUGGACAUGUAACCAUUGAAAAGACAGAUGGUUCUCGGCCGGAGCAUCUAGACGCAGGAAAAUUUUAUGGAGAGGAACUUCUAGUUUUGCCAUCGUCGACCUCCUCCAGUGAUGCAAAACCGAUAAACGAGUCUGUUCGGGCCAUUGAUGAUGUUCAAGCCCUUGUUCUCUAUGCCAUAGACAUGGAGAGCAUCGGCUCUAAAUCCAAGUCACAUUUCAAGAAGUUGUGCAUGGUGACUAUACUUAAGAAAGUGCCACUACUUAAAGACAUGGACGAAGGAGUUUUGAGAGAAGUCUCCGAGAAGCUUAAGCCCGAGAAGUAUAUUCGUGGACAAAUCAUUAUUGAAAAGGAUAAAACACUUGAAAAGAUGCUUUUCAUCUUAGACGGACGUGUAACCAUUGAAAAGACAGAUGGUUCUCGGCCGAAGCUAGGCGCAGGAGAUUUUUAUGGAGGGAACCUUUUAGUUGCGCCAUUGUGGACCUCCUUUGGUGAUGCAAAACCCAUAAACGAUGAGUCUAUUGAGGCCCUUGAUGAUGUUCAAGCCCUUGUUCUCUAUGCCACAGACAUGGAGAGCAUCGGCUCUAAAUCCAAGUAUCAUUUCAAGAAGUUGUGCAUGGUGACUAUACUUAAGAAAGUGCCACUACUUAAAGACAUGGACGAAGGAGUUUUGAGAGAAAUCUCCGAGAAGCUUAAGCCCAAGAAGUAUAAUCCUGGAGAAAUCAUUAUAAACAAGGAUGAAACACUUCAAAUGAUGCUUUUCAUCGUGGACGGCCAUGUAACCAUUGAAAAGAUAGAUGGUUCUCGACCGGAACAUCUAGGCGCGGGAAAAUUUUAUGGAGAGGAACUUCUAGUUUCACCAUCGUGGACCUCUUCUGGUGAUGCAAAACCCAUAAACGAGUAUGUUCGGGCCAUUGAUGAUGUUCAAGCCCUUGUUCUCUCUGCCACAGACAUGGCGACCUUGGGCUUUAGUUCCAAGAGUGUAGUCUCUAAGUUCAUGAAGCAUUUCAGCAAUUUCGCCUCUCCCUCAGAUCUCCUGUUGACUUGGCUAAAGAAAGUGCCACUACUUAAAGACAUGGACGAAGGAGUUUUGAGAGAAAUCUCCGAGAAGCUUAAGCCCGAGAAGUAUACUCGUGGAAAAAUCAUUAUUGAAAAGGAUAAAACACUUGAAAAGAUGUUUUUCAUUGUGGACGGAUGUGUAAGGAUUGUAAAUCCAACUCAUUCUAUGCGGCCAUUAGGUGCAAGAGAUUUUUAUGGAGGGAACCUUUUAGUUGCGCCAUCGUGGACCUCCUCUGGUGAUGCAAAACCCAUAAACGAGGAGUCUGUUGAGGCCCUUGAUGAUGUUCAAGCCCUUGUUCUCUAUGCCACAGACAUGGAGAGCAUUGGCUCUAAAUCCAAGUCGCAUUUCAAGAAGUUGUACAUGGUGACUGUACUUAAGAAAGUGGAAAUCUUUCAACAAAUGGACGAACAAGUGUUGAAAGCAAUCUCCAAGCGUCUUAAGCCCAUGAACUUCAAUGCCAAGCAGUAUAUUCUUAAAGAGAAAAAACCACUUAAUAUGAUGUUCUUCGUCGUGCGAGGAGUUGUAUUAAUUAAAAGCGUAAGUGCUAUGGACGUGAACGUUAAAAAAACCUGUGAAUUGGGAAGUUUCUAUGGAGAAGAACUUGUGCAUUGGGUUACAACUUGGGUAUCACACCAGACCUUUCCUACCAAACUACCCUUGUCACCUGAUUCUGCGCUAUGCUCCUACCAUGGUGGUUCUGUGGAAAUACUUGCUCUCAAAGCCGACGACUUGAAGAGUGUACUCUCUGAUUUCACCCUCCCUACAGAUUCUGAUCAGCCUCUGGACUGGUUGACCACCCUAAAGAAUGUGGAAAGGCUUGAGACUAUGGAUGUGGAAUUUUUGAAAAAAAUAUGUGGGUAUCUUGAGCUCAGAACGUAUGAAGAUGCGUACAUUAUUCAAAAGGAUAAACCAAUCGAAAUGAUGUUCUUCAUCAUGAGCGGAGUUGUGUCUGUGACAGACGGGAGCUCGAAACAUUACCUCAAUGAAGGAGGACGUCCAAAUCACAGUGGAGAUGACCUCGUAGAACAUUGGCUACAAUGUAAAUCUACCGGCGUUCUUGCCGAAUUGCCCACCUCUCAUUUUAGUUUUUGGGCCAUCGGUGAAGUUGAAGUUCUGGUUCUUAAGGCCGAGGACUUGGCAAAGGUUCAGCCUGGUGGUCAAAUUCGUUAGUGUUAUGUGCAACUAAUGAAUUGUCUUUGUAUUAUAUUCCUGCUUAUGUACGUACAUAGGUAGUUUCCUUGUCUGAAGCUUGUUUGUUUGUAAGUUGUUUGGAUUUCCAGUUAAUGAACGAUUGAUCAAAUGAUGCUAGAGUUGAGAUCUUGUAAUGCCUUUUCUGAUUGUUGGAUGCAUAUCCGCUCCGCUUCUUGGAAGAGUUGCUAAGUUUGCUCUGCUUUGAGAGAAUAAAUAAUUUAUACUACAAAAAGACUAGAAUUAAAGAAAUA